UUUCAUUGAAGUGUUGUCAAAGGUCGUAUGUGUGAUUACUGAAUGCAAUGAAUUUCCUUCCUUAUCUCUUACUGCAUAUAUUUGUGUGUGGGACUCUUCAGUCAUCAUCGUCAUCGCCAAAUGACAGCAGAAAUGAUGCUGAAAAAUUAAUACAAAAGGUCAAUAGCGUGACAUUCCUUCUCACAGUAAACGACACUUGGGGCGACUGCAUACAUACUGUUAAGACACCGACUCUUGUUCCAGGGAAGAAAUCACAAUCUAUUCCAGUUGGUAAUUGUGAUCAUGGGCCACUUGAAUUCAGCGUUCAACCGGCCACGGAUGGCUAUAGCCUAAUGUCCGUGCAUAUCACAUUUCAUUCCUCCGUCAUAGUAGAUGCAUCUCCUCCAGCAUGCGAUAUACCAUGGAAUGGAACAUAUCUGGUUCCUACUAAGAUGACGGAGCAGCUGCCAUCAUUAUUGCCCGGAUGUGUUGUUGGGGAUUCUAGGGAAGGCUAUCAUAUGACUUACUACUGGUUCUACUUAUUAGACUGGUUGAUUGUUUAA